AGCUGUUUUGGCUAUCGCAGGCUGCCGUCGGUUCCGACAUAUUAGUUGAACACCGCAAGUUCUGGAAGGAGCUAAGUUCAGAGAAGAAUUCGUUUGUAUUGCCCUUAAAGAUCAUACUGGACGCCAAGUUAGAUAACGAUGGAGACCGCAGCAAGCCCAGCUAAAGAUUACUACAGAAUGAAUCGUUACAAGAACAAGGCUUUGAAUCCUGAAGAAAUGAGGCGCAGGAGGGAAGAGGAAGGAAUUCAGCUACGGAAACAGAAACGUGAGCAGCAGUUAUUCAAGAGGCGAAAUGUAGAAAUGAUAAGUGAUGUUGGUGCCAUGUUGGACCGCCCCUUGAUGGAUUCAUUUGUUAGUUCAACCACAUGUGGGGUAAGUACUCUUGUCUUUCCUGUUAAAUAUAAAGUAGUACAAGAGGAAGUCACCUAG